ACAAUUACAAGUAAAGCUAAAAGAUGCGUGUUGCUUGGUACUAACAAAGACGUACACCAUCCCAAUGAGCCCAUGGGCCACUGGCAUGAAUUGAUAGACAGAAAGUUUCAUACAUAAAUAAACGACGUCGUUUCAUAUAAUAUUAUGAUAAAAGAAAAACACAUAAUCCAUAUUCGCAGAGAUAAAGGUCACAGAAACAAACAUCAAUGGCGAAGGCAACAGAAAGCAGUAGCAGAGGCUCAAGAUGGUCUCUCAAAGGAGCCACUGCUCUAGUUACCGGUGGAACGCGUGGAAUUGGGCAUGCUGUGGUGGAGGAACUGGCUGAGUUUGGUGCAACAGUGUACACUUGCUCUAGGAAUGAAGUGGAGCUCAAUAAAUGCUUAAACCAGUGGCAAGAGAAAGGUUUUUCGGUUUAUGGAUCGGUCUGCGAUUUGUCUUCUUCUUCUCAAAGAGAAGAGCUUAUUCGAAAAGUUGCUUCUGCUUUCAACGGCAAGCUCAACAUACUUGUAAACAAUGCUGGAACAAAUGUGAGGAAGCCAACAAUUGAUUAUACAGCUGAAGAAUAUUCAAAAGUCAUGAAUACUAACUUGGAUUCCGUAUACCAUCUAAGCCAACUAGCAUAUUCUCUUCUUAAAGAAUCUGGAAAUGGAAGCAUUGUGUUCAAUUCCUCUGUUGCAUCUCUGACAAGUGUAGGUUCAGGGUCCAUCUAUGCAUUGAGUAAAGCUGCAAUCAAUCAACUGACCAAAAGUCUUGCUUGUGAAUGGGCAAAAGACAACAUAAGGAGCAAUUGUGUAGCACCCUGGUAUACAAAAACAUCACUUGUGGAACAUUUAAUUGCGAACGAAGAGUUUGUGAAUGAAAUACUAUCUCGAACACCGAUUAAGCGGAUAGCAGAAGCACAUGAAGUGUCUUCCUUGGUGACUUUCCUUUGCCUGCCAGCUGCUUCCUACAUAACUGGACAGAUUGUUUCUGUGGAUGGCGGAUUUACUGUGAAUGGAUUUCAACCCAGCAUGAGGAUUAACUAAUGAAACAAUGUCAUUUAUAAUUUUAUUUCCCCAUUGUUUACAUAUUACAAUGGUAUUCAUCAAAUCUUGAUUGAGGUGACUUUCAGUUUUUUAUUAUGUAUUUUCUUUUUUGAAAGGUGUUCAUGAUAAUGUUCAUCUACUAUAACUCAUCUUGGAAGAAAUAAAUGGAAAAGCCACCAUGUCAUGUUAAUUGCAAACUUUUAAAAUGUUCAA